UUAAGAUCCAGUCUUUCAGCAGUGGUGGAGAGCAGAGCAGCUUGGGGCCAGACUGCAGCACAUCCUCAGCUGCUGCUCGCCCACCUGACAGCACAGCAGAGCGGACAGGCAGCACCGGCCAGCCUCCCGGUUCACAUCGCAACACACAGACCGCGUCCUGGAGGGGAAUGGGGGGCACCUAGCCCGCUAGCUGACUUACUAGAUUUCUCUAGUAGCGGUGAGGGCUCACGGCCGGACGGUCCACAAAGAUGGUAUCCUGGAUGAUUUCGAGGAUAGUGGUCCUUGCCUUUGGGACACUCUAUCCAGCAUACUCUUCAUACAAGGCUGUCAAAACGAAGAAUGUGAAGGAAUAUGUGAAGUGGAUGAUGUACUGGAUAGUGUUUGCAUUGUUCACUACAGCAGAGACAGCCACAGACCUGCUCCUAUCAUGGUUUCCAUUUUACUUUGAGCUAAAGAUUGCUUUUGUGAUCUGGCUCCUGUCCCCAUACACCAAGGGCUCCAGUGUCCUCUACCGCAAGUUUGUCCACCCAACGCUGUCCAACAAAGAGAAGGAGAUAGAUGAGUACAUAGCGCAGGCCAAAGACAGGAGCUAUGACACCAUGAUGAGGUUUGGAAAGAGAGGUCUCAACCUGGCUGCUAAUGCUGCAGUCACUGCAGCCACCAAGGGGCAGGGCGUGCUGUCGGACAAGCUGCGGAGUUUCAGCAUGCAGGACUUGACUCUCAUCAACGCUGAGGAUGAGCUGGCUCUGCACACUUCAGACGCCCGCAAGAGACGGGACCCCAUGGACGAGAUGAGCUCAGGGGCUAGCACGCUGCCCCGGGCCAAGAGCACCGCUGCACGGCAGACCCGCUCUUUGGCAGCCGCGUCCCUUGCUGACGAUGCGUCAUCCCAACACAGCUCUGACCAAUCGGACACGAGGACUGAACACUCUGAUGAGGAUGUGGGAGAAAAAGUCCCCAAACGCGCUCCCAGUGUCAAGACAACCAAGAAACCUGCUGCUAAGACGGAGACUCAAACCAAGACGGUGAAGAAGCCGGCCAAGAAAAAGACCACAACUAACAAUGCAGAGACGCCGCCAUGAGGCCUGCUGUCCACACCCACAGGCCUACACUCGCUCCACCCACAGGCUGCAGGCCCUUCUUCCUUUUGUCUGCUCUCCACACAAACACCUAUUCACUGUGGCAACAGCUCUUUUACAUUUACCGGGUUGCUGCAUAUUUGUUCUCACGCUUUUGCUUACUGUGAGCUCAUCCCAGAUUCAACAGUCGUUUCUUAGACAUGUUUUUAAUCUGAUGGUUAGUGACGCUUCAAGAAAUGCUCCCUUUUUUAUUUUAACCCCGACAUAUAUGUAGGUCCCUAUAGUACGUGAGAACAUUAGCUCACCAUGUUGCAGUUUUCCACAUUCUUCACUCCUCGUUCUCUAUAUUUGGUUGCCUUUUGUGUCCUUUGGGCUACUCCUGCAUGAUUUUCAAUUAAAAACAAUCUGACCCACCCCGGUGCGUUCAGGCUACAAGUCUGGGUACUCCUCUGGACCUGACCAUGAUGGUAGAAAUCCUCAGAUGUUGUCUCUGGAGUACAAACAUCACCAAGACGGUUGAAAUCAACUGUAAAGCAUUGAUGGAUCGUUGUAAACGUCUUCAUUACGGUUUCAGACCUAAUAGUUCCCACUUAUGACGACAGCUCAGCUCACCACCAUGUCUUUGCUCAUGCAACUGUCUAGCUUUACAGUAUGACUUGUGAUCAGACCUCUUUUUGUUUCUAUAUUGUCUUAUUCAUUUUGACCUGUUUGACUGCAUCUUGGGCCUCACAGCUUGUGGAAGAGUUUAGCUUCCCCACAUUAAGUCUCUAUACCUCUUACUGAGUCUGGCUCUGCUAAGUUCAGGUCUCACUUACAGCAACUUUCUUCCUCACUGCUUUAAUGUGACUUUCAUGUCAUGUACAGUACUGGUGAUGGAGUGGUUUGUUUAGUGUUGGCUGAUUAUCCUUCAUAUAGACUCCACUCAUAUUUAUUACACUUCUGUUUUAUCCAGUUAUUUUGGUGAUAUCAAUAAUAGGUAUAAUCAGUUGUGCAUAGCCAGGCCUCUUAAGGUAAUGCUGUACCUCCCCAGUCAAUACAGUAGUCAUAGAAGAGUUGUGAGGCAACAUAUCUGCUUUCACCACAGUAGUGAUGUCUGUAUAUUGUUUGUGUUCAACAUUAGAAAGUCGGGGAGUAGCGCUGCACUUUCUCACUCCUCUCACCCAGCGGUGUGGUGACACUCUGCCUCUCUGUAAUAGUUAUACAUCUCAGAAUCCAGGAUAAAGCAAAGCAAUAUGGAAAUAUUUAAACCAAAAUCAACAGCAGGAGACUGAGGAAUUAUUUUCUCAUCCCCGUGCUGUUGUUGCAGAUGUGGAGGAAGUGUCAGACCAGGCUCCGGGUGUUUCUAAACACGCUGGAUUUUUGUUCUGGGAUGGGCUCUUCUGGUUGCCAGCCAAUGCAUUGGCCAUUGUUUCUGCUGAGAUUUAAAAGCAUGAGACUAUUUCUGCACUCAAUACUGCUGUCUACGAUGUGACACUAGUUUGAACCAGUAGGGGGAGACGAACCCCACCUCAACUGUUGGCAGAGUUACUAAACAAUAUGUAAACACGAUGUAAAUAGUAAUCUUGACUGUAUAUACAGUAUGAGCUUGCUUGCCUUAUUCAUUCUCUGGGCUUCAACACAUUUAAUUUUUUUAAUCAUUUGUGUGCUUUUUAAACUUCUUAAAGUCCUUAAUGUUCUGAAACUGGAAGAAGCUCGGACUCCAGUGUGGACUUCUGCUGUUAGAAGUCUUGAUUUUUGUAUUUUGUUUAUGAGUUUUGUAUUUGUAACAUUUUUUAUUUUUCUGUCUUGUCUCAUUAAUUUGAACUCUCCUCCAUCACAAAGUAAGGAAUCUCCAGACUGAGUAUAAACUGAUACAACGUACAUUCACGUUCUGCUAUGUACUCUACUCAAACUGGUUCAUAAGUAUUUUAGGGCCAAAAGCUGAAAACAGAAUUUUGUUUUCAGUCUUAAUUUAAUGUUUACAUAGAAUAGAAACACUGAAUAGAAGACGGCACACAAUGAAAAUACUUUUUUUCUCUUCUCAAGAUACAACCCUGCAUUUUUUUUAAAUCUUGUUUUUAUGCCAUUUGUGGAUAUUUAUUGUUGUUUCUUCUGUUUGAAAUCAGUAUUGUAUACAGAAAUGUUAAUUUGUAUAUGGUUUGUGCCAAUUCUUAAAGCUCCAUGUCAAACAGGAUUACAGUGUGUGUGCUGUAAGGUCAUGUAUCAGUAAUAAAACUACUAAUAAAGGAAAUCAAAUCUGA